CUUUUGGAAUCACCUUGUGUUAAUUUUAUUUUCUCUUUCCAGCCUGUGCUGAUUAUACUGUUCUGCCAUCCUCACAUACACGUCCAGCACCCCACCCUUACAUACCCUGAUUUACUUCAGUCCCACCCCAUCUGGCAAAAAUGGACCAGCCCAUUUCUGCUCCCUUCAAGCUGGAGGUGGAUGUAGAUUUGGGAUUUGCCCUCUUCUUCUUCUUCCUUCUCUGCUUCUUCCUGAUUGUCUCCAUGGUGAGAUGUGUGCAGAUGGUCAUAGACCCGUACAGCGCCACCACCACGUACCAAGAGGAGCAGAUCAACAGCUGAGGGUAAAACUGUCGGUCCCUUGAAGCACAGUGUCCACCUCAGCAAGAGCUGAGAACAGACUGGAAGACAUGGAAGUCGAGGAAACCUUCCCACCCCAAUCUCAUCUGGUUCUGGUUCUACAUUUAAGGCAGGGGUGUGAGAAUCUACUGUUAGAACAUACUGGGACGAAGACACUAUCCAGAGCGCAGCUGUGAAAACUCCCAACAGAAGGGGAAAAACUACAGGACUUGUGCCAGAUGUGACUGCAGACAUUUCAAAACUGAACAAAUACUGUGACCAAAGGGCCUCUGUGCUGCUGGAGACCUCUUCUGUGGUAUAAAUGAUCAGUGUAUGGCAGCCAAGUAACUGACCCCUACAGGACAGGAGGAGAGUUGAGAUUGGGAAUGAGACAUAGGAAUGAGGCACUAUGAAAAAUCACAAGUGUUCGUCAAGGAUGGAAUGCAGGCAGACACAGAGGGGUGAUAAACAGAGUAUAAAGCAAAAUAAUAAGCAGAGUGCUAAAAUGGGUGGUGGACACGUGUGUAAAAAAUUAACAGUCUGUCUUGUUUCUUGUGGGAAAUUACAAAGAUAACUUAUUUAGAGUGUAUUUCUUUGUUAAAUGCCUUGUCGUGGUUUCCUGGCCACUCAACAUACAGACCGGGGCAUGUUGCCAAAUAUGUAACCUCCCAUGUUUCAUUAGUUCCCGUAGAGAAAGAACUAUUAUUGUUUCUUACCUCUUUGCAAGAACUGUAAUUUUCUCUGUCAGUCUUGGAGGUAUAAAACUUGCUGAAUAAACUGUCGAUUUUCAGAG